CUGGGUUCUCGGUAGCGGUGAGGCCUGCACACUGCUUCUGGAGGCCCGGUGCCAGCUCUGGUCUUCCACUCUGCUGGCGACCAUCCAUCAUGUUACUGCUCUGCGUUUCGGUCUCUUCAGUCAUAAAUAAGAGCUGAGGGACCUGCUCGCCCUUGAGCUGGGUGUGUCAGAACAGGCCUCUGGCAGUGGUCCAGGCAGAGUGACUGGCUUUGUUGGGGUAAGCAGCCAGCUGACCCCCAGUGGCACCCACGUCCCUGUGGCUGAACUGCCAGGGCCUAGGCCACCUGGACUGACUGUCUCAUGGAGCCUCAGGGUGAGAAGCCAGGAGAGGCUGACAGGGUGCACAUCACACCCCACUUCCUCAAGUCGCGUUCAGGCGAGUUUGCCCUGGAGUCCAUCCUGCUGCUGAAGCUGCGAGGCUUGGGGCUGGUGGACCUGGGCUGCCUGGGCGAGUGCCUGGGCCUCGAGUGGCUGGACCUGUCAAGCAAUGCUCUCACGCAUCUGGGCCCGCUGGCCUCCUUGCACCAGCUAGUCGUGCUCAACGUCGCCAACAACAGGCUGACGGGGCUGGAGCCACUGGCCGCCUGUGAGAAACUGCAGAGUCUCAAUGCUGCGGGUAACCUGCUGGCCACCCCUGGCCAGCUGCAGUGUCUGGCCAGCCUGCGGGGCCUCGAGUGCUUGCGGCUGCAGGACCCUUUGGCCCGUCUCAGCAACCCGCUCUGCACCAGCCCCUCCUACUGGGCGGUGGUCCGAGAGCUCCUACCGGGCCUGAAGGUCAUCAAUGGGGAGCGCAUGAUUGGCCGCGGCAGUGAGUUCUACCAGCUGUGCCGGGACCUGGACAGCUCCCUGCACCCCAGCUCGGGCCCAGGCCCCAGAGUCCCCAGGGCCCAGCCCUGGGUGGAGCCAGGCUACUGGGAGCCCUGGCCUACCCGGGGCAGCUCCAUCCUGGAGGAGGCCUGCCGGCAGUUCCAGGACACACUGCGAGAGUGCCAUGACCUGGACCGGCAGGCCAACAGCAGCCUGGCCCAGGCAGAGCAGGCACUCAGCCCUGCAGGCACCACCUCGGCCUUUGUCUUUUGAAUGCACCCAGUCAAGGCCCAGGACACCCUGGCACGUGUCUGUGGGGUGGGCACAUUGUGGCCUCUCUGCCCGCAUCUCCCCUCCUGCCUCUGCUGUCUGCACCAUUGCAUCGCACGGGCCCGCAACCAGGCUGCGUUUAUCCCUGUUCCUAAGGUGGCGCCCUGCCCCCACUCCCAGCCCAAGGCAAAGUCCAUACCCUCUGUGCUCACUCUUCAAAAGCACACCUCCCAGUGGCCUCUAGCAGGGGAAAGGGCCCCCGCAGGCAGCUGGCAUGGUGUGAAGCCAUCCUGCCACCCACCUACAGUGUGGGCAGGCGAAGAGGCCCCGUGCCGAGCCCAUGCCCACAGCUGCUGCUGCUCCUGGCUGCGCGGACGGGCCUGAGAUUAGUUGAGAGUCGUUGCUUCCUAGGGCUGAUGUUGGGAGGGGCUUGUAUGGCGCGUCUCCUGUCCCGGAACGAUGUGGCCAGAGCAUCGAAGCUGUUGCUUACCCCCCAUCAAAAUUUGCCUGUCCAAAUGACCCUCUGCUGUGGCUGCCCUAGUCCUGGGGCUCCCUGGAGCCCCUGCUUCCCACUCUCACGCCGGCCGCCCAUUCCCACCCCUUCAGCCCAUUCUCACCCCACUAACUCCUAUUAAAUAUUUCUGCUGUAAUGUG